AUGUCCGCUUACACGAUCGCCACCAACCUCCCAAUUCCACAACCAGCGCCAGAACUUCCAGACCACGUGAUGGACAUGUUUUCGCUAAAGGGAAAACUAGCUGCUGUCACCGGUGCGUCUUCUGGUAUCGGAUACGACGUUGCCGUAGCGUACGCUCAAGCCGGCGCCAACGUUGCCAUGUGGUACAACUCCAACCCUCACAUCACCACCGUCGUUGACGAGCUGUCACGCAAAUACGGCGUGACCGUGCGUGCCUACAAGUGCUCCGUCACCAGUUCGAAAGACGUGCGCGACACAAUUGAGCUGAUCCAGCGGGACUUCAACCAGCACAUCGACAUCAUGGUGGCCAACGCAGGCGUCGCCUGGAGCGACGGGCCUUUGCUCAGUAUGCUGGAAGAGGGCCAGGAGGACAAGUGCGACGAGCAGUGGAACAAAGUGCUCGACGUGGACCUCAACGGUAUCUACCGUGUGGCCAAAGCCAUCGGUCCUAUCUUCAAGAAACAAAGAACAGGCGGCUCGUUCAUCGUGACCGCCUCCAUGUCCGGUCACGUGGUCAACGUUCCUCAAAUGCAAGCAGCUUACAAUGCGGCCAAAGCCGGUGUUCUACAUUUGUGCAAAUCGUUGGCCGUUGAAUGGGCUGGUUUUGCCCGUGUCAACACGGUUUCGCCAGGUUACAUCGGCACGGAGAUCACGAGUUUUGCGGAAGACGACCUCAAGGAAAAAUGGCACAAACUCACCCCUAUGGGACGUGAAGCUUUGCCUCGUGAACUCAUCGGUGCAUACUUGUACCUGGGCUCAGGUGCUUCAACUUACACCACCGGUACGGAUAUCAUCAUCGACGGUGGGUACUGCUGCAUUUAG